AUGCGCCGGCAUCUAGGAUGGCGUCUUGACAUGGAUGAGGAAGAGGAACGUUUCGAGAAUCUCGAAUACAAGGACAUGUCAGUCAUCAAGCUCUUUAUGCCUCGAAAGCUGAAGAGUUUCAGCUGGGAAAUGGGAACUUGCGUCCCUGAAGAGAUUCUGGCCGAGAAGGGCAUUCUUGGCAGAAUGCACCCAACAAUCCAGUCUCUCCGUCUCAUCACAGAUCCUGAAUGCCCUCGCGGCGCCUGCGAGCCCAUGCGUCUCCCCAACUUUCGCCAGCUCAAGAGGCUUUCAUGGACAGGACCCAACGCUGCCUAUCUUCUAGAGCUGGGCCACCUCAUCAUCAAAAACUCCCAGCAUCUUCAAGAGGUCGAAAUUGAUCUCCUGGACUGGGACAAGGUCGAGUCAAUAAAUGGCUACUACGAUGACAGUGAUAGCGAUGGUUGGGGAACCGACAGCGAUGACUACUGGAUGGACAGCUCGAGAAAUGGGGACAAAAAGGCCGGUGUCUUUGCUUGCAUUUGGAACCGACACAUGCACACUACCACCCCUAGGCCCAUUUUCAACGCCCUGACCAAACUUUCAUUGCCACACGUACGCGUUGGGCCAGGUUUGAUCGGCGAAAUGAACAUUGGAUUACUUCGGUCGCUAACGCUCCGAUCAUGCCUAAAGUGGACGAGCUUUCUUGAGUACGCCCCAAAACUCAAUGUGGUGCUCAAGUUGAAGGAGCUUGAGAUAGAGGACCAUUAUGAUUGGCCUGACCCUCCACGACUGAGCACUCUCUGGGGGUCUCUAGACUCUUUCUUGGGCCUUGAAAAGCUGUAUCUCAGCUUUGAGGAGUUGGUCGGAAUUCUGCCGCCUUGUGGGCAUAUUUCUCGACACAGAGAUACUCUGCGGCGACUCGCGCAAUACGAUGGGGCAGUCGCUAAUAUUCUUAUCGGUGAUUCCGAUGAUAGUGACGAAGAAUCACAACGGGGCAGUGAAGAAGAAUCACAGCGGGAUAGUGGUGGAAAAGCCCCAUCCCAGAAUUUGCCUUCAAACCUCUAUCUCGAGUGCCUUGGUUUGUCUUGCGGGCCGGAAAAAGUGCCUCAAUGGAUCAAUAAUUUCGGUCCUGUUUCGUCGCUCAAGGUCCUCCACUUGCGCCCAGACAUAACCGACGAGCGAAGGUUUACCAGACCAGUAAACGAAGAUGAGCAUACGGCCGCAGACGCUACGAAGAACACGCCGCAAGCGGCAGUGCAGUCUACACGACCUGCUCAGCUUCUAGAACCAUUCACUACACUCGUCAAGUGGGCGUUUGGACCUGAAGGGCCGCCUUCGCUCAAGUUUAUUACCUGUGGAGAGUUUGCCCAAUAUGGACAGGUUGAUAAGGAGUGUUUCAUUGUUGGCCGCGAAUCGGAACGUGAUGAUGUGUUUCGAUUGAUAGCCCCGCGUAGUAGAAACCAGCAACAAUUCGGCUGGAACUCCAACAAAGGCCGCGUGGCCUAA